AUGAGUACCGACACGAAAACAAGGCUGCCCUCAAAGAUUUUUUCAUCCGAGGCGCUCCUCCCUUCUGUAACGAUUUCCGCGGAAAACAAACUGUACUCUAGCCAGACCCACUCUGCAGAGUCAAAUCCCGACCCCGGCCAUGAGCUUCCUGCGUCUGGGCAGGACUCAGGAAGCAUAUCGUACUCACAGGAGCGCCGAACGGCAGCUCCACCACGCAUAGUAACGGAUGUUUCUACCGCGCUACCGACGGAAAAAUGGACAGGGGCGCAAUUUGGGUCUGUCGCUCCGCGUGCAUUCCGACAUGCCCAACUUGACUCGGUUGCGAAUGUCGGACCCCUUGUCUACUCUACGGCUGGGUAUGGAUAUAUACCAAUGAACAGAGACACAUCUUCUCCUGAAAUUGAUACAGACAUCAGCCGUGCAAGUUCUACCUCGACGAAAGAGUCAGGCGCGAAUUCGCUCAACGCAGCACUGGAUUUGAAAGGGUCGAUUCUCAGGCGGGAAUCGCCCACGAAUGCCUCUUCGUUUAGCUCAGUCAGCCACGAGUCGAGCUCCAAGAGCGAUACAGAGUCGUUUACCUCGGCGAAUGCAGAAAUCGCGACCGAGACGCCGUCCCAACACUACGAGGAGAAACGUGACGCCAAGCGCUUCCAUUCCCUCGUGGAAUUGGCAGAGACGGAGCAGAACUACGCGGGAGAUUUGGACCUGUUGGUGAAUGUCUUUUUUGCACAGCUGCAGCAUGUCCCCUAUUUUGCGGAGAGCGAGACACGGAUAAAAACCGUGAUCCGGAAUUCGGACCAACUUUUGAUAAUGCACAAGGAGCUCUCUAACUCGCUCUCCAAGGUUAUCCAGGGUGUCAAAGGAGAGAACUACACGGACGAAGGCACCCUGUCCUCUGCUGCUGUCGACACCGCUGUCGUUGAAUGCGCACAAAUUUUUGUGCAGUUUGCACCGCGCUUCACCAUAUACAACGAGUUUUGUGCGAAACACAAGGAAGCGCUGGGACAUAUUGAUGCCGCCGAACAGCACUCGAGUGAAUGGGAACUCUUCCGCAUGCGCUCGGCACAAGCGGCACAACAGCACUUGUCCAGUACAGCAUUAGAGACUGGCGUUCCAGUCACACCGCGCACGCUCGCGCAAAGGCGCCUGCUUUUUCGCGAUUUUUUUAUCAAGCCGAUCCAGCGUGUUUGUCUUUAUCCGAUCAUUCUCGAAACUCUGCAUAAGAAUUCGCCGCUUGUGGGACAGAAAGAGCUACAAUAUACGAUCGAACAGAUGCGCAACGUCACACUGGCUGUCGACCAGGCGAGCAAGAUACGCGAAUCGAUGCUGCUCACCGAGAUGAUUGCGUCUCGACUAAAUUUUUGCACCAUAUUCUCCCCGUCCCUACUAGCCUCGUUAGGGGAAUGCAAGAUGGCGGGGAGCUUGGAUGUCUUGCACCACCACCGCACCCUUACACCACUCUCAAUACCACUGCCCCUGAAGUACUAUGGCUGUUUUUUGUUUGCCGAUUUCGUAAUGAUGGUCAAAGUGCGUAAAUCACACACGUAUGAGGCGCGGUUUUGGUUUCCCCUGGCGGAAGCAAGCCUCGAGCGCACUGUUGCACACGACACAUGCGUCCCGAACUCGUUCCGCAUUCGUGUGCGCGGGCAUUACUUUGAAAUGAUUGCCUCUACUCAGAAAGAGUGCAAUUUAUGGAUCGACGCUUUUCAGACUGCACUGGAAAACAAACCGUCCAAAACCAGACGGCUUCAUGGCGCGGAUGUUCCUUACCCUUGCAAUUUGCAGAGCGAGCCUGGCGAAACACUUGAAUUGGAGGAUCCUUUACAUUCCAUUUUGUCGAAUGCCAACGAAACGAAUGCGGGCCGAGGUCGAUCCGCGACGAAUGUUACCGGUAACGAGGUCCUCUUGCGCCACAAAUCGCCGCCGCGCCGCGCCGCAUUGGAUCGAGGCAUGCUGUUCACCGAUGCGUGUAUCUCUGCUCGCACUUCACUUGAUAAUGAUGCGUUGCGCACGCAGUCUUCCUAUGUCUCUGGAUCGCUGAGCUCGACCAUGGGCGCAAUUGUAAACUUGAAGCGCCUUUCCAAAAAUGAAACACUUGCGCUGCGUGUUCCGCGGUCCGUAGUCACCACAGAACACGACGAGGCGCUCCGAAGUCGCUUCUCAUUGGAUUCGACGCUGGUCGAAUCACCUCUCGGCACUUCACCCUCAUCGCCCACCCUGGCCUCUGGAUUCUCGUCUCCUGGCGGCAUGGAGAAUACUUCGGAUUUGUCUGGCAUUCGUUUGCGCCGCAUAAUGAAGGGUUCUUUUUCGCGCAAGAACAGCAUGCAAGCGGAUCCAAACGACCUAGCAAUUGCACUUGGAUCACUGACUCACCGCAAUUCGACGACGCAGCGCAACGCUGCAAGUGUGUGUACGACACCGAACAUUAUGGCGGGCCCGUCACAGGCAUCGCAGAUGUCGCAGCAAGCCAGUGCAUUUGCACGAUCGCGUUCGAGCAUCGGUAAUCCCAAGUCGUGGUUUAAUGGGCCAACAGAGGAGCCAGCGCCGCAAGGUUCGGAACAUGUACUGAACCGAAGCAGUUCGUUCAAUUGGUCUGCACUGCGGGCACGGAACUGGUCCACCACGUCACUCAAGGGCCUGGUCGGAAGACGAAGCUCGAUGGAUCUCGACCAGGAGCUGGGUACAGAGCCCAACACGGCGAACCCGCCUUUCAUUGACAGCCGCCGCUCGUCAAUUUCUUCGAAUGCAGGCGAAGGUAUGGGUGAAACGAAUUUAGAGCCAGCGCGCGCUGCAAGUCCACGCCAACGAUUUGCCGCGCGGUUUUUGCAGCGUCAUCGAAUGUCUUCUGUGUCACCCAAUAUGGACACGAAAUGA